UUGUUAUUUGAAUAGUGAGUGUUUGUGUGGAGAACAAUAAACGUCAUGUUGCUAUGCCAGUGAGAAAAGGAAACGUCGGCCUGUGAGCGCGGUCAAGUGCAACAACAACGAGAAAAAUGACCUGACACCUGUUAUAGAAGUAAUACAUUUGAAGUGAAUGAAAAGGCAUGGACCUACGUAAAACAAGCAGUUCGUUUGUUGGGACUUUUGGGACUUGGGAUUGACGCAGAAGAAUAGCCGAUUUAAUUAUGGCAAAUCCGGAGAGAAAUAAGAAGAUUCUGCUUGAUAUGGUGAAACAGCCCAGCAACGACCAUUGUGCCGACUGUGGGGCCCCUGAGCCAGACUGGGCCUCAUACAAACUUGGUGUGUUUGUAUGUGUGAACUGUUCGGGGACACAUCGGGACUUGCCUGCCAUCAGCCGGAUAAAGUCCAUACGUUUGGAUUUCUGGGAUGAUUCCUUAGUAGAGUUUAUGAAGACAAGGGGUAACGCUGCAGCCAACGCGUUCUAUGAGAAGUGUGUUCCGCCCUUCUACUACCGGCCACAGGAGAAGGACUGUGUUGUUCUUAAAGAUCAGUGGAUACGUGCUAAGUAUGAGAGGAGAGAAUUCACAGGAGAGAAUAACUCCCUUCAGCAAGGUUAUAGUUCAGGACUUUACGAAGGAAUUCUAUGGAAGAAAGGCAAGGACAACAAGCAGUUCCUGAAAAGGAGAUUCCUGCUCUCUGAAACGGACUUCACCUUGAGAUACUUCACCAAGGAGGAUUCCAAGAAGCCCAAAGCAGUCAUCUCUAUGAAGGACCUCAAUGCRGUGUUCCAGCCGGAAAAGAUAGGCCACGCCCACGGGCUGCAAAUCUCCUACCUGGAGGAAGAACGGACCAGAAACCUGUUUGUUUACCAUGACAACAGCCAGGAAAUUGUGUCCUGUUUCAAUGCGAUUCGGGCCACCAGGUUUGCUUACCUCAAGAAAGUCGACCCUAAUGCCAGGGACAGUGACCUUGUACCUUUGAUAACCAGAAGUAGCAUUAAAGAAGGCUACAUGGAGAAAACCGGCCCAACGCAAUGGGAGCCAUUCAAGAAGAGAUGGUUCAUCUUUAACUUAUCGGACAGAAAGCUGUCCUACUUCAAAACUUCACUGGAUGCCUUGGAACUGGGAGCUGUCUUCAUCGGCACAGAGGUCCAUGGCUACUCUGUGAGGGAGGGCCAGCCUAAGGGGAGCCGCAGUGGCAGGUGGAGGUUCGGAGUGACCUUGGAGACACCAGACAGGCAGUUUGUCUUCCUGUGUGACCAGGAGCAGGACCAGAGGGAGUGGAUAGAAGCCUUCAAACUAGUAAUCGCCCAGCCUAUGCUACCGCAGCACUACAACACUGAGGCAAACAUGAGAAGGAUGAAAAAAUGAAUGGUGUAAAAACCGGAGGAAAGGAGAGCACCAUUUACAGGAUGAAAUGGCAAUGUGUGAGGCUGGCUGCCUGUUUCAGAGAGCCUACCAGUGACAGGUGGAGGCUUCUCACAAGAGGUGAUCAAUGAACUCUUCAAUGGAGUCAUGUUUAUCGGAAAAUGAGGAGAGGCUAAAUGAACUCAGGCUAAAGAGGCUAAACGAACUGAAGAGCUGCCAAUGGGGACCAGCACUGGUAAAUCACCAUUAUCCAGGGCACCUUGCAAACCAUUGACAGGACUGCAUAUUAUGAGAUGGGAACUGAUGGCAUUGUCGGGGACAUUGGGAAUGUAAUAUAUACUUUCUAUUAACUAAUGUGUAUAUACACUGAGUGUAUAAAACGUUAAGGACACCUGCUCUUUCCAUGACAUAGACUGACCAGGUGAAUC